AUGUCGGGGGACAGCAGCGCCCGCCGGCCCGAGGGCCGCGGCCGGGGCCGGGACGCGCACCGGGACCGCGCCCACUCCCGCUCGCGGUCACGGUCGCGGUCGCGGUCGCCGGGGGGCCGCCGCGGUGGCGCGCCCCCACGCAGGGAGGCCCCGGCGUACCCCAGCCUGGACGACACGGACCCGUCCGACUCCGGGGACGAGAGCCUGGACCCGGCGAUCCUGGAGGUGGAGACCGACCACGGCCUGUGUCGCCAGAUCCGCCACCAGUACCGGGCGCUCAUCACCUCGGUCCAACAAAACCGAGAGGACAUACUGAGUGCCGGGGACAAAUUAACAGAGGUCCUUGAAGAGGCCAACACUCUGUUUAAUGGAGUGUCCCGAGCAAGAGAAGCCGUCCUGGACGCCCAGUUUCUUGUUUUGGCUUCUGACCUGGGGAAAGAGAAAGCCAAACAGCUGCGCUCGGAUCUGAACUCGUUCGAUAUGUUGCGAUACGUUGAGACCCUGCUGACACAUAUGGGUGUAAAUCCGCUAGAAGCUGAAGAACUCAUCCGUGAUGAAGAUAGUUCUGAUUUUGAAUUGAUAGUCUAUGACUCCUGGAAAAUAUCAGGCAAAACAGCAGAAAACACCUUUAAUAAAACCCAUACAUUCCACUUUCUGUUGGGUUCAGUACAAGGCGAGCAACCUGUGCCAAAGCCACGAGUCGAUCGUCCGAGACGAGUUCGUAUGGUGGAGGAGCAGAGGGCAAUGCCCGCCCAGUUAAAGAGAAUGGAAGAAUCUCACCAGGAAGCAACAGAAAAAGAAGUAGAGAGGAUCUUGGGGUUGCUGCAAACAUAUUUUCAAGAAGAUCCGGAGACACCUAUAUCCUUCUUUGACUUUGUGGUAGAUCCCCAUUCGUUCCCCCGCACCGUAGAGAACAUCUUUCACGUUUCCUUCAUUAUAAGGGAUGGCUUUGCAAGAAUAAGACUCGACCAAGAUCGGCUGCCAAUCAUAGAGCCUGUUAACAUGAAUGAAGAACACGAGAGCAUUGACCAUAGCACCCAAAAUCGGAACCAAGGAAUUAUCUCUCUGAGUUACCGGGACUGGGAGGAGAUUGUGAAGACCUUCGAGAUUUCUGAGCCUGUGAUUGCCUCAAGUCUGAGCCAGCGGAGUCAGAGUGCCUGAGGCCGGCCCUAGGCACCCCUCCCUGCGGGUGCGCCAUUCAUCUAAGUAUUCUCCCACCUGCCACUCUAGCAAGCUGGGUUUUGCCACCCUCCAGUGCCCCGUGCUUAGCUGCCGAGCGUGGUGGUAGCUGAGGAGAAAGACUCAGGCCAAGGCCAUGAUGACAAGCCCCCCUCCUGGGACUUGUCACGUUGGUGUUCUUGCGAUUUGCACCAGAACGAGACCCCACAGGUCUCUUUGAUCUCAUGGGCUUGGAGCCCCUUCCCAGCCCCCAAAUUCACUGAUAUAUUAGCUGUUUUGUUCACAGUGGACUUGCUUAAUGCAUAGCUACAGAGCAGAAAAGGGGCCACAGAGGCUAGUCAAAGUGUUUCUGAAAUUGGAGUUGUGCUGCGGGAGCGUCUUCAUCUGGGUGAAGGGAACCCCGUCUGGGGAGAAGUCUGGCACUCCCUGAUGCACACGGCUGGGGUGUGGGUCAGGAGACCCGGAUCUAGUGGCCAUUCUCCCUUGGACCUAAGACAUGGGAAGACUAGAUAUGUGGUAUUUUUACCCUGCGUCUGCUGUACAUGCGCCAAUAGUUACCACCCCCUUCCCUGAUGGAAUUUCCCAGAGCACCAUUGUGCCAAUUUUUAAAAAAAUGUGGUUAUUCAAAACAAUAGCUUAGCUCCUUUAGAAAAAAAAUCUAGGGGCAGGGGGAGGGAGCUAUUGGGAAACAAACACAGAAGGUUCGCGUUGUGAGCUGAGGCUAAAAGAGGUCCUGCUUACCGAGGAGGGGUGGCAGUUUGCUUGUAUCUGUGUCUAUUAAGUGAGCGCUGUCAUCUAUAAACUAACUCUGGUGGAGAAUUGCACACCGCAAAGCAGCAUGUAUUGUAUAUAUGUAUUAUUCAACAUUCUAAAAGACUUAGUUUUUAGUAAAAUGUAACUUUUGAUAGUGAAUUUGUCAUGGCUGUCUUUUGAUUAAAGGAAAUUCUCUGCAAUA